AUGUUUUAACAUGUAUAUGUAUUCCAUAUGAUAUCAUAUUUCUUUAUUACUACAAGACAAGCCAGUGUUUACAUGUAAUGCAUUUAAAUAUUUUCCUCUAACAUUUUGAAUAUAUAUAAUAGUACAUCACUUAUUAUGUAUCUAUAAUACCACAAGACAGGGCAGUUUAUAAAUAUAAAAAUAUGCAUUUAAAUAUUGAAUAUGACCUAGUAAUAGUAUCAGAAAUACACAACACUCGAGUAGCUACGAGUACUUGAAUUCUAGCUACGUGACAAACGGUGCGGCAGCAUGAGAAAAUGAAGCGCACCCAAUGUUGGACAACCAAAACCUACCGUUGGAUCCACUUAAGACGCAACAGCCGCGACCAAACACGGUUAAUUCUGUUUUUAUAUUCACUGUUGUUCGAGUUGUCAAGUUCAAUUAAUACAUAUUCACUGUUUCGUGGUAGCGGAGUCGAACAAACGUCCUGAAACCGCUUUAGUGUAGAGUUGCUGGGCUCAGACGAACUCCGUGUUAGUUCAGCCCGUGAGUAAAGUAACUCCUCUGGAAGGUGGCUAGGUGAGCUAAUGUUGAUCUCCCCCCGGAGGAGCUGCGCACUGUCCGGCUGCGGGUCCGAUGGCUGUGCGGUGGUUGUGCAGCUUGUUUGGGAAGCCCUUUGAUGGCGGGAAGAGAAUGGACCAUGGUGGCCCUCCGCAGCAUCAGCAUCCGAUGGAGCAGCAGCAGCAGUCGUACAAUGCGCAGCACCCUGCCAUGAUGCGUCUGUACGAGGUCCAGAAGCAGGUGGCGUCUCUGGGGCCUCAGGUCUGCACCUUCAGCGGCCUGCAGAACGACAGAGACUACAAGCGUCUGGAGCGGGAGCUGACCCGGCUGCUGCUGGACGUGGACCAGGUGGACACCGAGGGCAAACCGGAGCUGCAGGGGGCCCGGAAGAGAGCGGCGCAGGAGGUGGAGGGCCUCCUGAGGUACCUGGAGGAGAACGCCACGCACCCGUCCCGUGUAGCCAUCGAGGAGCUGAGCAACGAGGCGCGGCAGCUGGUGGACGACCGCGUGGUGGCCCCUCAGCGCGUCGGGGGGGUGGCUGAGAUAAACGACGAGCUGGUGGAGGCCCUGCAGCAGCUGGUGCUGAGGCUCACCCAGGUCAAGACCGAGGGGAGAGUGCCGCUCCGCAAAGCCCGGUACCGGGCGCUGACGCGUCUGUGUGCCGUGCAGGACGUGGUGGAGGGGCGCACGCAGCAGCAGACGCUCUCGCUGCCGCUGUCGGGGGAAACCCACGAGGCCGUGAACCGCAUCAACCAGGUGAUGGUGAAGGUGAGCGUGGCCCGCAGCCAGCUGGUGGCCCUGCUGAUGGGCCUGAGUGGGAGGGACAGCUGCGCCCAUCUGUCACGCAUCCUGACGGAGAUGCAGGUGGAGCUGGACGCUCUGGACGUGUCCGGGAACGCAGCGAUCAGAAACUACCGGAAGCAGGUGGUGGAGGAGAUAAAUGGUCUGCUGAAACAUCUGGACCUGGAGGGGGAAGGAGACGACACGCGCAGAUACGAGCUGGGUCACAACAACUCCAUCCGUGAGAUCGAGAACGUGCGAGCUCACGUGUCCCACCUGCGAGAGGGGAUCCUGCGACACUGUGCGAUGGGCGAUCUCAGCUUCAGACCCAAGGCCGAGCUGCAGAGCCUCCUCACGCACCUGGACCAGGUGGACACGGCCAAGAACCCUUGUAUCCGAGAGGCCCGGCGCCGCGCUGUGGUCGAGGUCCAAGCUAUCGUCACCUUCCUUGACCUCCGCGAGGCCCUGGUCUGCCGCCAGCCGGGCCACACCGAGCACCCGUCCCACCGGGCCGUGUGGCAGGUCCUGGGCAACCUCUCGGACCUCCAGGCCCAGGUGCUGGGCUUCGACGGCAAGAGGGUCGACAAGAACUACAUGAUCCUGGAGGAGAACCUGACCAAGCAGCUGCUGUCCCUGGACGCCGUGGACCCGCAGGGCGACGAGACGGCCAAGGUGGCGCGGAAGCAGGCGGUGAAGUUUGCCCAGAACAUUCUCAACUACCUGGACAUGAAGACAGACGAGUGGGAGUAUUAACUGAGUCAGGAACGUGGAUCCCAGGGCAGGAAUGAGAGGAGCUGAUGUGUAAAUACAGAAAACUGACCUUAUCAUUCCAGAGGCUGUAAAUAUAUGGACUCAAAUCCCCAGAAUGCAAAGCAGCAGCGCUUCUCUUUCGUCUCUUUGUGAAAGUCGUGGCUGAUCCUGCUGAGAAGGAAACUUCACACAACUCCUUUUGUGAAACACAAACAUUCUUUUGUGCUAUUGGACAUUUUCUCUUCAAAAUCUCGUGUGUGUGUGAGUCUUCGUCAUUGUCGUUGUGUAUUUGACGUGUGUGUUUGUUGAACCUGCUGCCAACGCACUACAUAACGCCUGUUCCACAGCUCGCACCCCCCAGACUGGACCUGAUCUUGAUUCAGUUGCUAAUGAACUCUGUGACCCAAUUACAGAGAACCGGGCCCGGCCCAGUACAGGUUACCUGUUGGGACUGGGCCCAUUUUAAAUUUCUAUAAUGUCAAAUUUGACAUUUUCUGGUUUAUUUUGCUGCAGUUUGUGUUGAAAUCAAAUCUGGAAACAAGUUGAAUCUUCAGCCGAAUGUUCUUUGAAGUAAUUGAAGCGAAGUUUGGACAAAAGAGUCAUUUCAGAAGUCAAGUUUGAAAAGUGCAGGCGGUUUGAACAGAGACGAGAGCGAGAGAGAGAGAGAGCGAGAGAGAGAGAGAACAGUGGGAUUAUUGAUGUAAGGUCAUCCUCCGCUCCCGUGUGACCUAUUUAUCUCCUCGCUGGUUCGGCUCUCGCACACACGACUGUGACGUAAACCCGACCGACCACGGCUGACGUGGAGAAACGCUCAACUGACAAAUAAACCGGGAGCAGAAGCAGCGAUAAAGUUCCAGGAAACUAAAAUCCAUGUUUUAAUCUGGUGCAGCCGCCGCCCAUCAGCUCUGAACAGGAAGUCUGAAAAGAUAAAAAUACAGUUCCACCCGCUGCUUGUGUUGCCGUUAGUCUGUAGUGUGUUCUCUAAUGUUUGUUGUGACUUUGUGCGAUCGCGUUGUUCUAUAAAUGGAUCAGAGAGACGGGAGAGGAGGGGAAAAUGUGCUGCUGCUGCUUCAGGUUCUUUUUUGUUUCUACCCACUGCUGUCGGCCGACUGAGGACGGGGAGCGUCCCUGUGGAGAGGAAGAGGAAGAGGAGGCUGUGAGGAAGAGGAGGCUGUGAUGUCCACUGGAUUGACACAUCAAGGCUGAAGCUCGCAGUGUCCUGUGUGGGAGAGACGAGUGACGGUGAUCGCAGUCGACUGAGUCUUCUAGAAACUGGAUGGAGCUGCUGGUGCAGAGGGAUCGGGGGGGGGGGACUGGGAGAGGAGUCCAAAUCUCUGUGCCUUUAUUUUCACCCUUCUCUUGGAACUGGGUUUGUGUAACAGCAGCUUUGUGGUGCAGCGACUGAACAAAGACCAGGCAGCUGUGUGGAGGAGGGCACCUUGGCCGUUACCGCCACCAGACAUUUGCACUACUUGUCCGAAAUUUAGUCUUUUUGCAAAUCAGUAUUUACUCCCCAGAUAUCGGUGGUGGUAUUGUUGUUGUUGUUGUUGUUGUCGACUGAGGACGCGUCUCGUAGCAGGAAGCAACACGAGUCACUUUGUGCUGACACACUGCAAACAGCCUCCCUGAGAACAAUCAGACGACCACAACUGAAACGGCUCAUCAGCUGAAUGUAGAACUUCCCCAGAACGCUGACUUACCUCUGCCUCCUCCCUCCACCAGUGACAACUGGGAGUUGCCCCUCGUGAGUAACAGGAAACCAGCAGUAAACAGAUCAAAUGAGAUAAAGAAGUUCAUCUUCAGGGCAAAUUUACAAAAAACAAACUAAUCCGGAAGAAACCAGAUAACUAGAAAGUCCUGGUCUCAAUUCUAAGCAAUAAUAGUGACCCCCCCCCCCCCAAUAGAUGAAAUUCAAACAUCUACUUUCCUAAGACUUCAUCUACUGAUGAAGACCCCGAGAUUUAACAGAAACGUCCACAAAAGCAGCUUCAUUGACUUUGAGCAGAAGAUCUUUUUGGCUCCGGCCUCACUUUGCCACGUCAGCAGAGGAAACCUGUGGAUCUCAUCUGAUCCCAGGUCAGCCAGCAAACGACAGAGAAGCUCAACUGACGCCAACAUCUCUCAGCCGAGGAGACCGUUCAUCAGCCGAGUGUCCUCCUGGUUCUGUGGGGGUGUGUGCAGCUCGCAGUGUGGACGAUCACCAACAAGUCAAAUGUCUUCAUAGUUUCUAUGAAACAAGUUGCUCAGAUGUGAUUUAAGACACAAAUCAUUUAGCUCCUUGUUGCCCUGUCGCCUAAAAGCCCCUGUACUUCACCGCUGGUUCAGUGAACUCCCACAGAACCUCCAUUAAAGCUGCGUUUGGAAACGUUCUAUGGCACAAAGCCUGCAGCUCCGCCUCCUGGUCGCAGCUCCGCCUCCUGGCCGCAGCUCCGCCUCCUGGUCACUGACUCAGACGGGGGAAACUAGAUGAACCCAUGUUGGUCGCCCGGCUGCUGUUGCAACAGAUGCCAUCUCACAGCGAACCUUAUGCUCUCUCAAACCAAACCAACCCGAACACACCUUAAGUUCACAUGCUCCUUUUUGUAUGCAGUAAAAACAUAUAUAUAUCAAAUCAAUAUGUACAUUUAGUACUGACAGUUCCCUCUGAACUCUGCUUCCUUCUCCAGCAUCAUUCUUCAGAAGAGUUUUACAGUGGAGAGAGAGAAACGCUCUUGUUCCGUCUCGUCCUCUCGAAGCCUCGGUUGUUGGUUUUAAAUCAGUGUUGGUGAACGUUCUGGAAAACACACAUUUAUUAUCUGUGGUUCAUGAGGACAAACUCCAGAGGGAGCACGUCAGUGAAGCUCGGUUCUCUACGUGAUGAAGUCGAGAUGUUUGUGUCAGAAAGACGGAGCAACUAACUCACAGUGUUUGUUUAGAGACUCUAGAUCCAAGCUACACAAACCUGUUUCACUUCUGAAUUCAUUGGGAUUGUAAUCAAUACAUGUUGUAAACUCUACAGCUGCAAAAAGCUAUUAUUACUUAAUCUGUGAGUUAAUUUCUCAAUAAUUCAAUAAAUCAUAUGGUCAGAAAUAUUAAGCCUUGAAACAUCUUGUUUUUCAUUUAAACCCUUAAAUAAUAAUCAGUCAAAUGUUUUAUAUGGAUCGUUGUUCACUUGUCAAGCAUCAGAUACUCAAAAUCUGAAAAGUAUUUCUGAGAAGCUAAAAGUAGAGAAUUGAAAAUAAUGAAUUGUUUAACAAACUUUUCUUUUGGUCAACAAAAUGAUGCAUUUACAGAAAAAGCAUUUCAACUCUUCCAUUAUCCAAACAAGUUGAUAAUCACAUGAAAAUACCAAAACCAAAGUUGUAUUAGUCCAUGUUUCAAUACUGGGUGACUUCUCACCUGAACGUUUGUAGGUUUAACGUCACAAAAACACCAAAUAUAAUAAUUAAUAAUCAUUGAGUUUUCCCCUAAAACAACUGAACAUGUUUAAUACAAUCAGGAGGAAAUAGUCAAUUUGUUGGGAACUAUUUUCUCAAAUUCAAUGUGAUGAAGGAGCUGCAGUUCAUCGAUGUGUUUUUAAGAGUUUUAUAGUUUUAACAGAGCAGCUCUGUGACGCAGGAACAACAAAUCAGACUUUAUGAAACAGAUGUUUGGUCUUUUAAGACAUUUUGAUUUGAUCUAAAACCGUUUUCUCCUGAUGUCAAUAUUAAAUCUACCAAAUGUGGAUUCAGACAAACAAUGGGCUCAUCAAAUAUCAUGUUCCUCCCUAAUUUCAGUAUCAUGACAAAAAUGAUUCUGAAGAAGCCGCAUCAAAAAGAAAAACCAUAUAUUUAUUCAGACCUGUUAUCAGCUCAAAUAUUGUGGCGUCUUUACUCGCUGUCAUUUCCCUCAACACUCGGCCGGACGCUAAAAGCAUCUCGGGGUCGUCCGGCCUCUCGGUGGCACUGGAGUCCAUUAGUGAGCAGGUUUAAAAGAUUCAGAUCCAGUUGUGUUACUUCUAUCAGCCUUUUACCGGACGAUGCUUUUAAAACCAAACAACAGGUCCGUGCGCUGAGUCACCUCCAGAUUCAGAGGCUUUCAAUAUUAGAUUUUCCUGCCCUGUGUUGAAUGUAGUCACUGAGGAAUGUGUUUGUCUGUAUUUCCUUAAACCAAACUUAAUCGUAACAUCUCAAGGGACAAAGUGCGGAAUCUGAAAACCUGGAAUAAUAACGGACCAAGAUAAACAUUGAGAAUUGUAGAAAGUUACUAGAGGAACAAAAGUUCUUCCUUAUGGAGAAAACGGUUAUUUCAUUUUAUUUAAGAGCACUUCUUUGUUCCCGACUCCCUGUUGGUUAUCAUGCGCUGCCUUUCUCUCUGAGGAUGACGAGUUUGCUCCGAGACAGGAAAGGUUUUCCUCUUCUUCCUCUUCCCAGAAAUAGGUUUUCUUAAAAGGCCUUUACCUGCAUUGAUUGUGAAAGAUUCUGCUGCUUCUCCUCCGAGACACGCUUGUACAAAAACAUAACGACACUCCGAGGCUGAACAAAUAUUGUGUGAAUGCUCCAUGGAUGGUUGUGUUUUAAAUUUGUAUUCUCACUGCAAAAUAAAGACGACUCGUCUUCA